AUGGACCCAGACCCACUUUCUCUUCGAAUUCCUGCAGAAAUAGUUUAUCUGAUUCUAAGCGAACUGUAUGAAAAGACAGACCUGCUGAACAGCCGUCUGAUAUCGAAGAUGUUUAUGCAGGUCGCCAGCCCGUUAGGGUUUCGACGGUUGACUCUAUCUCGAGCGCCUGAAAGUCUCGCGGGGAUUGCAAGAAUUUCCGAUUCUCCCUUGGCAAAACUUGUUUCUGAAGUCGUUCUCGAAGAAGUCGAGUUUCCACUCAAGAUGGUUCCUCUAGAUCAACCUAGUAGUGAUGACCCAUUUCGCGUGGGGAUGGCCCUUUACAUUCCCAAAUUCCACAACCUCACUACCUUGAUAUUCUCAUUCCCGGACUUUUGGGAGUUUGAAAAUAAUUUCACUCCACCGGGUAGAAACGACCAGGGGUCCCGGUCGGCCUUUGAAUCUGAUAUCACUGCUUCUAAUCUUGCUCUGCAUCAGCAGGAACGAUUUUUUCAUAUGCUAGGCCGAUGCAACCCAGAUCUUAUCCCGCCUACUAUGAACACUAUAGUCAUCCAUAAUCUCAUGUCAUUCUGGAGUGUACAUUUCGAUAUCGACAAACUAAGGCCAUUUCUAGCGUCUCUCACGAAUUUUAAGGUCGAUAUCCAGAUCGUCCCCGACCUUAGGCUCGAGGAACUGUUCCAACAUCCGCCACGGGAGCAUGACCCUCAAUUCAUCCCGUUCUGGAGAGAAUUUGAUCUUCUCCUCGACGCCGCUUGCAAUUUGACCUCAUUGAGCCUGACAAGCGAUGCCGACGCCUACAACACAUGGGGGAGCGUCAACAUUUUCCCUAGACUACAGAAUCUGUCUCUUAACGGUUUCCUAUUUGCCUACUCGUAUCUUGACGGCGAUGUCGUGCUCCGGACAUGCUGUCUGGAAACGUUCAUCAUUCUGCAUCACAACACGCUUCAGCAUUUGUUGCUGUCUGAUUGCUUCAUCGAUAUAAUGGCCGAAUUUCGCUCGUGGGCGGAGAUUUUCAGGGAGUUUGAAAGGAAUUUGGGGAAGUUGAGGUCAUUUGAUUUUCAACUUAGUAAUGGGAAUGGAUAUGCUACAAUGUCGAUGGAGGAACCUGGAGGACACUACAUCAACGCGAACGCGACUAACGAACCUAACUUUGCCGAUACCAAUAUGUCGGAAGAAGAGAUUAAGAAGGCGGACAAGUUGGCUUUGCUUUCUUUGCAGAAUGCAAUCAAGAGUAGAAACGAGUGA